UCUGCAAAUCGUUUUUUUCAGAUGGGAGGAGGAACUGGCAAAGCGAAUGAGUCUGGAGUCUACGGUAGAAACCCUUCAAGAGAAUGCUCAAGAAGCUGAAGCUCUCCAGGAAGAGUUACAUGAAAAGAUUGAGCGGCUGAAAGCAGAGCUUGUUGUCUUUAAGGGUCUGAUGAGUGAUCCCAUGACAGAUCUGGACACAAAGAUCCAAGAAAAGGCCAUGAAGGUGGACAUGGACAUCUGCCGGCGAAUCGAUAUUACAGCUAAGCUGUGCGAUGUAGCACAGCAGCGCAACUCUGAAGACGUUUCCAAGAUAUUCCAGGUGGCUUCCAAAAAGAAAGAACGCAAGCUAACAUCUGAUGACGACCUUUCUGAGCAGGAUGGAGACAACAGCAGGCUUUCUGAUGAUGAAGUCAGCUGUUCUUUGAACAUCACAGAUGAAAUGAAGCGAAUGUUUAACCAGCUGCGUGAGACAUUUGAUUUUGAUGAUGACUGUGACAGUUUAACAUGGGAGGAGAAUGAGGACACCCUCCUUCUCUGGGAAGACUUCACUAACUGCAAUCCAUCAAUUGAUCUGCCAGGAGAACAGGAGGAGAAUCUGGGAAACUUAAUCCAUGAAACAGAAUCUUUCUUCAAAACAAGAGAUCAAGAAUAUCAGGAAACAAUAGGACAGAUUGAGCUGGAGCUAGCCACAGCCAAGAGUGACAUGAAUCGCCACCUCCACGAAUACAUGGAAAUGUGCAGCAUGAAGAGGGGCCUGGAUGUACAGAUGGAAACCUGUCGUAGACUUAUCAAAGGCACUUCUGACAGAAAUUCUCCAUCUCCCAGUUCUGUUGCCAGCAGUGACUCAGGAAACACAGAUGAAAUGCAAGAUGAGUUUGACAGAGAGGUGGAUGCAGAGCCUAUGGUCAGCUGAUAAUCAGAGCAUUCCAGUGAAAGGGAAAACACAGGAGAAAAAAAAGUGGGAAAAAAUAGAAUACUGACCGAAUAAAGACUAAUAAGCCCUUGCAAAGGGUUCCUGAGGACUUGUUCCGAUAUGCAUCCCCACCCCACCCAAGGAUUGGUGCUGUACAUUUCUACUGUUCUACAAAUUACAAAUGCAGAAUUCUGUAAGAAAAUAUGGUGUUUUAAUUGUGCCUUUGCCCCAAGCUGAGCCUCUUUGAGCUCUAAUGGAAUAUUAAUAACAGGUGUUUUUUAUUAAAAAAAAAAAAAAAUUGGGAGCUGGGGCAGCAAUCUUGCAGCAGCCGAGAAUGGUGUUGCAAAAGUCUUAAGUGUUUCAGUAGGCUUAUACGACUUACUGAAGCUGCACUGAUUGGCAAAAGGAACACUGUGGCAAAAUGAGCCGUGAACACAACACAAAUUACAGUAUGACAACUGCUGUUGUCUAGCAAAAAAAAAAGUGAACACCUCCAGUGAAGCUGUUAACCCCAUUUAAACAUAGCAGUGGGUUAGAGGCAGACUCGAGGCUCAUGCAGUUAUAAACUAUUUAAAGAGAUCUCUUUAUGCCGUCUGUGUGUGUGAAAGAGACCUUUGGAAUCUGCACAAGCUUAAUGCCUGAGUCUAGAAUCUCAAGAAGCAGUUCUCAGCUUGGUGGCAAAGCAGAUGGACAGGGUACAUUGGGGUGGGAAAUAUCACCGUUAAACUACUAUGCAAAAAAAAAAAAAAAGCUCGCCUUAUUUAUACGGAAUGUUUGGUCCCUGCUGGCUCUUGGUGGAAGGAAAGCUAAAAAACACAGUUGCGCGUGUUAAUUAUCCGUAAAGCUUCCUUUGUGGAGGAAUGUCUGUUACAAUGCCUUUAUUUUCUGGGGUGGAAUUAGAAAGGGAUCAGCCCUUCAGUUCCUGAUUUUUUUUUUUUUCCUUCCCCUCUUCCCCCAGUGUAUAUAUAUGUAUUUUUAACCAUAAUCAUCACAGGUCUGUCUUUACUGUCUGGGAGAUGAGCAGCAUAAAAUACAGUUUCAUGAGCAUCAUGGUUGAGGCAUCAGGGUAAGCUGACACACAGUGUUAUAGAUGUAGACUUGUGAUGUGACAUUAGAGAUGACUGUCCUUUGGAAAACCUGAAAAUCAGAAAAUAGUGUCCUCCUUUUUAGGGCACAGUAAAAGGAAUCCCAACAUACUCCUGCUCUGGAAUUAGGGAAUAACAGCCAUGUGCUUUCUCUGUGAGAAAGCAAGUAGCCCUAGGCCUUAGGUGUCUGUUCCUCUAUUUUUUAAACCAGAGAAAGCAGCAUCAAAAGUCUAAUGAAUUUACUUUCUAUUCAGGGAGCUGGUGGUGUUCUUGGUUAUAAUUAGAAAUUGUCACAACUCAGCCAAGACACAAUAAGAAUGGAAACCCGACUAUAAGCAAGCAGAAGACAAUACAAGAUUGGUUCGCAGGCCACUGUUGAAGACACUAUUAAUGGCUUGUAGCAAUAACUAUGUAGAUAGUGACCAUUUUAAGACUGGGGCUAAAUUUCAAAUUAUGACUUCUCCCCUUUCAUGAAACUCCUCCCACAGGUCUUUGAAAAUGCUAGGGGUGGAAGUUGUUUUCUUCCCAUAUUAUUUCGUAAAUAUUGGACAAAGAAAUGUUAGGUUUUAGCAUCCACUCGAUUUUAAAGUGCUAAGAUGGCCAUUGUUCUGUAUCCAUUAACUUAAAAUAAAAUGAGGGGAAUGGCAUUGUGAGCAAACAAAAUCCAGUACACGUCAAAGUGCUGCUUUCUCCAUAACCGAGCACAAGUUUCACUAAAGUAGUGUCUGUAUUAGGCAGAAAAUGCCUAUUGGAAUUUUGCACAACUUGCUUAACUUUGGGGGCAGUGUAAUCCUGACAGAUUCUUGCUUGUAGAGUAGCUUUGUGUACAGUACCAUCUUGGGGGUGUCUAUACUGCUGUGGAGGUCGAUCUUCUGGGGGUCAUUUAACAGGUCUAGUGGGGACAUGCUAAAUCAAAUGCUGAGGGUGCCCCCGUUGAUGCUGGUACUCCUUGCUGUUGUGAGGAGUAAGGGAAAUAGAUGGGAGCAGUUCUCCUGUAGACUUCCCACAGUGAGGAUGGUGCCCUAGCUCAGUUUAAGGUAAUUCGACUCUGGUUCCAUGCACUGCUGCCUGUAGUUUUUUCAUUGCUAUUCCUGUUGAGUUUCCUGCAGCUGACUGCUUAGACCCAGAUUGAAUUUUGUGGGCCAUCAGAACCAUCUGAAACAGAUGACCCCACCAUCUUUCCAGGUGGGAAGAACUACUGUGAUGAGACCCUUCUGGAUCCGCAAUGUGACUUAAAUUACUCCCAUCCAUGAAAACUGUAAUGCAAGGAUAUGCUAUUAAUUUUAUUUGCUGUUUGAAACAUUCAAGCCAUUAUGCAUACAUCACUUGUUAAGAGCUCUCUUAUUCAUCAUACUGUACCUCAGUGGCCUUUCUACAAUGUUUCAUUGUGUGUCAUUUUGUGCUUAGGUCUCCCUCUUUUUUUUUUUUUAAAGUAACCUGUAUUCCAAAGUGCUCAUUCUUAGCAUCUCUUAUUUAGCCAAAGCAGUAAAUGAUGUUCACAAAGAGUUGGGUUUGUGUGGUGGGGGUGAAAAAUACAUGUCUGUCAUGCCCUUUUUGAUAAGGGAGCGGGACUCCAUGUUUUCAGUUAAAGUAUUUUUAAGGUUACCAAGCCUCUUUGAAUCUCAGCUGCUAAAUAUAUUCGGUUUCUCAAAAGGUCGAGACACCGCCUGCCAAAGCUGUACAUUUGUAGUUAGUACUCCAGUGACUUUUGAGGACACACUGUCUCCUACAGGAGCAAACUCCUCUUAUAAACAGCCUUCCAGGAGGCUUCCAAUCAACUCUCCUCUGACUAUGAAAACCUCUUUUGUAGUGGAGAAGUUGAGCAGUUUAAACAGCCGUCCUACUUAGCUGCUACUUUCUUUGUAAAAUGCAGUGUCUGCGAGGAGAGUGGUUCAGUGUUUUACUUUUAAUGGUUGGUAUGUCGAGGCAGGGAAAUAGAAGAGAGUGUCCUGUGUUUAAUAGAGUGAGUGCUUGAGGAAGCAACCCUUAGUUGAUACAAGUAACCUACAGUUCAUCUCAUAGCUAUAAUUAUGAGGAGCAUCUGUAAUGAGGUUGCACUGUUUGCAAGUGCAAGAGGUGGGGAUACCUGUAUAGUAAAGAAUAAGAAAUAAUGUGUAUGAUGAUGAAAUGUGUAUGAUGGUAAUAGCGAUGAGCAUGGUUGUUGUCUGUUUUUUCUAUAACCAUAUGUAAUCCAUUUUUAAAAUUUGUCUUGAUACUUGGGUUUGGGGUUAUUUUAGUCAAGGCAGUGACUUGAUAGCUAAUGGGGUCAGCCCCAUGUCAGUUAAUGAGUCGAUCCAUGGUCAUUUUCCCAUGAGGUUUUUUGUUUAGUUUUGUUUCAAAUGAUGCUGCUGAUUUUAGCUGACAGUGGUCCCAUUUUUGUUUGUAUUUAUCACGUCUUUAGUGACUAGAUCAAAAGCUUGCCAGAAGAAAAAUUGUGAAAAUGCUGGAAAUCAUUUUGAUUACCUCCUUUUUCCUUUGUAAAGCUGUAAAUACUUUUUUUAUUUUCUAUUCUUAAUGCAGUGUCAUAUUGACACUUUUUUAGAAUUAUCAGAAAAUCCUCAUCAUUGGUUUUUUCUCAUAUUUUUUAAAAAGAGGAUUUCAAGAAAGCAAACUUUUUUGCUUGUUAGCAGUGUAAUAAAGUAAAUUCAUAAAAUGGGUUUGUACACAAAUAGUGUUUUCAGUGACUAAAUCUCAGUGCUUUUGUGGUUGCAUGUUCUUCAAAAAGUCCAAAGAAUCCUGUGGUACAAACAUUUUUCAAUGAUUUAAUAAAUACCACGUUAGGUCAGGCAAGAAACAAGGAAUGGAAUUUUUUGUUUAAGUAAAGGUUGAUAAAUGCAACUAAAGAAAAUGUGUAAUCUAUUUAUAAAUAACACCAAAUAUUCUAUUUUAUUAAUUUUUUUUUAAAUUCAUAAACAGAAGUCAGCAAAUACAGGUCUUCCUCUGUAAAGUAUUCUCUGCUUUGAUGGGACUCUAAAUUCUCAGUGCUUUCAAGUAACUGCAAUGAAAAACAAAUGUAACUGGUGUGGCUGGCUGUGAAACAUUCCUCCCAUCUCUUCCUCAUAGCAAUAAAAACAUUUGUUGUGGAUGUUACUGUAACUGCAGAAUUAUUUUCUCUCAUCUUCACUGAUUCCUGUGUAUUCUGAGAGGCUGAGCAUAGACUGACAUCUGUGUUGCUUACCACAAAUGAUACUUCAGAUGCAAUUUUUAUAUUUAAAACUUUAUCUAAAGAUUUGUAUUUUACCCUCUAUCAGGGUAGAAUAUACUAAGACUGCAAUUCAAAUGGGGAAGGGGGGAAGCCAAUUGCCAAUUUCUUUGCACCAGUAUAAAUAGGGAGUAAUUCCAUGCACAUUGUCUGAGGGAUAACCAGGUUAGUUUGUAUCUGCAAAAACAGAGAGGAGACCUGUGGCACCUUAAAGACUAACAGAUUUAUUUGGCCAUAAGCUUUCAUGGGUAAAACCCACCUAAUCAGAUACAUGAAAUGGACCUAACAAAAUGUGUUUGUGUUUUGUGGUU